GUCAAAUGGUAUGACGUCCGGCCCUUAAAGAAAGGAGAAGUUCUUUGUUGAGAAAUCACGCAAAAGAUUUUCCCGAGCCAUUUGGUUGGAUUUUGGAAGUCAGAACCCGCUUUUUGUUGCAUUAGCCGAAAGACGCGUAUGCCAGUGGUGUGAUUGUGCGUGAGUGGAGUUAGUGACAGCGGGAAAUUUGCGAGAUAUCACCUCAAGUGGUUUUUGGUGGACAAAAACUCUGCGUCCAUUGUGAUUUCCUACAGGAACGAAGAGAAGCUGAAAAAAAGGGGAAAGAAAAAGCCGAAGGAAUUCAACGGGAAGGCGUCUCUUUUGGUGGUCACUUCCGCAUUAAACGGGUGGUGUAGCUUUAGACGGGGACCGAGAUGAUUGUCGCAUGCAACUGCCUCAAUAUUGUGAUUGGCAUUUCGGAUGCCGUCCAGGUGCUGGACUCCCAACAAAUUGUCGACUCCAAGGGGGCCGCGGAGAACUUUCUGCAAACCGAAGGGAAGACCGACUUGAGUAUCUUCUUCAGGGAGGCUCUGGGCCCUUUCCAUGCGCAGCAGGUCUCGCUGAAGAAGGAGCAACCUGAUUUAGUGCACGUAAUCAGUUUGGGCAAUUGGUCCAUACAUCAGUGCAUCAACUGUAGGCAUCUCUGUGUUUUUGCUCUACUCGAGAAGGAUGGAGCCAUCAUUUGCAACUCUAAACUUAUGACCAAUCAAGAGGAGAUUAAUGCACUUAAGGCCAGCAACAGCUAUUCCUCCGUCUUUGGUAUUCUAAUGGACCAACAAUUUCCCGAUGAGGAAGUCUUCAAGACCAACAAAUUAUUGCAAAAUCACCCAAAAGUGAAGAACUUGACGCAGCAAUUCCAGCAGCAUCUUCAACGUGAGACAGCAGCUACGGAUGAGCGCAUUCAGCGCUUCACGGAGCACCAAUUUACAUUGCUGAAGAUGUUCCGGGAGCGUACGGAGCAAGAAUUGCAGAUUCUCAUGAGUCUCGUGUGUCGUCUACCGGAGAAUUUGACAUUACUCACGGAUACGCAAACGAGGCAGCAGCAUCAGCAGAUGAGUAGCAACUUGGAGACGCCACCGUCGACGCCGGAUACCCCAAUGACGAUUGGUUCGAGUCCACCGAUGGCUGUUAGGGUGUCAUCCCAGGCGCCGGCGAUGUCGACGUCCUCCUCGGGUGCUAGCUCCCCAAUGCCAAUGCGCGGCGCGAGGCGUCAUUCGGGCAAUCGUACGGCCAUGGAUACGUCAUCGAGGAUGCGACAUAAUGUGGACGCUGACGCGGAAUGCUUCUUCCAGAUUGAGGGCAUGGAGAAUGACAUGGCCACGGGGCCACAGGAUAUGUCUGAUCUCGAUGAAUCAGAUUCGGAAAAUUAUGGGGAUGAUGAUCAGCAGACAAUGUGCAUUCCACGACAAAUGGCAAGACAGGGAAGCUUGAACAUGGCAAAGAGUUUGCCAAUUUCAAUGCCCGCCAUCAUGGAUCGUUCCAUUGAGGAUGACUUUGAUGAUCAACCUGUGGAUGAGAAGGUGGACAUUGCGGCGAGUAUCAAGGCCCUUGCAAAGAGUGUUCAUGGGGAUGCUGUCUUUGGGGAUCUCCCACGGCCGCGUUUCAGUACACAAAUUUAAAAGAAAAAAAAAUCGAAAAGGAUUGAAUUGUCGAUCCCGUUCGAAGGAAGAAAAAAAAAGAAAAGUCUGCGCGGGGUCAUACGCCUUUAAAGCAUCGAGCACCGAAAUUAAUUUUUACAAGUCUUUUUUUUUAAUUUCUUGUUCAAUAUAAAAAAUAUUAUUUUUUCUACUAAAGAGUAAAAGAAGUGAAAAGAUAUAUUAAUGAGCAACCUAUCUCUUAUAGAAUUAUUACUUUUUCAUUUAUAUCUCCAACACAUUUAAUUCUCUUUAUAAAGAAUCUUUUAAAAAUGUUUUUUUUUUACGUGAAAAAAUAACAACUCAAUCAUUUUCUUACAAUUUUGUGUUUUUUUUUAAUUAGCAACUAAAUGAGAUUCACAGAGAUACAUAAAAGAGUUUUUUUUUAUUAAUUUCAUUUAAAAUAAAAAUAAACAAAAUAUAAAUAUCUACUUUGUACCUUUAUUAAUUAAAAUAAUGUAUAAUUACAACUUAUAUUGCUGAACUAGAAUUUAUAUUUUGAAUUUUCUUUAAACAUUUUGUUUUUAAUUUUUUAUUUUUACAAGAUGCGUAAUUUUUUUCUGAAAUAAUUUCCCCAGAAAAGGAAUUUACAAAAAAAAACUGAGAAGAGAGAUAUAAAAUGAAGAAAACAAUUUAAAGAAAAAAGUAAAUCAAGAAAUAAUCCUAAAAUGAGCCUAAGUUUAAUCAAAAUUCUUCCGAUGAAUUAAAAAAAAAAGGAAAUUCAAUUUUUUUUCAUUAUAUAAAGCCAAUUUUCAAGGAACAAAAGUCUGUCAAUUCCAGGAAAACAAACAAUUUUUUAAAAGAAAAGUGAAGAAGAAAAAUAAGAAAAAGAAAAAUCAUCCAUUUGUGCCAUAAGUUUUUUUUUACAAAGAUCCCUUUUUUAAACAAAGAAUAAAAAAUGGCAUCAAGUCUGUUUUAAAACCACCCGAAACUUAAAAGAAUAAAAGGAAAUGGAAGAAUCGCGGCUUUUAUUAUUGAUUUUAUAUACAAAGCUAUAUUGAAGUAAAAUAAGAUCGUUGUGAAGGAUGAUUGCAUUGAUGUAAGCAUAUUAUCGAAUAAAGAAUCUUUACACAAAGAAUAAAAAA